AUGGAGAUUCAGGACGUGCUGCAUCUGUUGUUGUCUCACUGGACUAAGACUCUGAACAUAGAAUAUCUAUUUCCUCACAGGCUGGAGGCUCAGAACGUGGUCGUAUCUGUUGCUGCCUCAAAAGCUGAAGACUCAGGACUUGGUAUCUGUUAUUGCCUCCUGCCUCAUGGGCCAGAGGCUCAAAACGUUGAUCUCCCUCACCACGCCACCUCCUACCUUGAAACACUGAGGCAUCAGACACAAGACCAGCUGGAUGACAACAUAGCAAACCUCAUUAAACAAGACCCAAAGACCCAAUACAGUCACAAAGAAUUAGCAAAGAUCACCGGCUCCUUAAGCCACACACUCAUCGCCACCCUCAAGCUGAGCGACAGGCACGCCGCCCAUCUCCAGCAGGAGCUAACACGCGCACAACGACGCGUCGAGCAGCUAGAACUGGAGGCUCAGGAACGACAGGAAGGGCAUGAGGAAGUGGAACAAGGCGCCGAGGAGGAGAUCACUAGGCUAAAAGAAACCCUAGCAACCGCUAUCCAAGAAAUGGAACGAGGCAAGGCUGACCACGCUGAUCUCUCCAGCAAGCUGCAAUAUGCCGAACAGCUCCUGGAAAAGGCAAAGGCCGACUUCAGAGACAAGAACGGCCGAAUCAAAGCCCUUGAAACUCACCUGGAUGAGUCCAGAAACGAGAUCAGUCGCCUAACACUACAGCUGGACUACAUCAAAGAGAAGUCCGACAGCAUCAGAGAGGAACUCAGACAUGCCUACGAGCUGCGCCCUGAGCCUACAAGGACCCGACGAGCACCAGUCUCACCCCUGCCCAGCAGGACCGGGUCACCUGUUCCUCUACUGACACGUGAGCAAAAGGGGGAGGGGGCAGUGCUGAAACAUUCACCGACUCCCUCUGAAGAACCUUACCUCACGACAAAGCUAAGAGAACUUGCUCCAGCCAGCCACAGAGCAUCGCAUGGCUUGGACCUCAAAGAUCUCGACAAGCUUGCCAGAAACAUUGGCAAAUUCACCCCAAGUGUACCAGGUAGCCAGGAUGUCCAAGCUUAUCUGCAAGACAUCGAUUUCCACCUGGAAAUGAGGCUCAAUGUCACGGACAAAGAUAGACUCUAUUUGCUCCGAACAACAGCCAGCCCUGACGUACGCAGUUUCCUGGACAGGCAACCUGCUCACACAAAGGCUGACUACCCCCUCCUCCGAGAGGCCCUCAUUAAAGAAUUCGCCGACCCUGAGUCAGAACAAGGACUGGUGGCUGCCCUGGAGACGAGACAAGGACGUCAGGAAUCUCCUCAAGCCUACUACAGCCGACUCAGACGAGCAUACUUCGGAACUCGCAACGAACCGAACAUGGAAGAGGAUCUAAACUUCAAAACUCUCUUCCUGAGAAACCUCCAUCCCGGAGUAAGCCACCAUCUGGGCGUUCUCGCAUGUCCUCGGACAAUGAAGGCUCAACAGUUGCGUGACUUGGCACAGAAAGCCUACGGCAAACAGAAAAUGGCCUCAGAAAAGGGCGCCAAAACCCCAACAGUUCUUGACUUCAACACUCAAAGUCAAGGUCUGGCUCUAGAGGGCGCCCAACAUCAAGACCAUGCCAAGCCGCCACACAAAGAGUGGAACACACCCUCGUCCAACAGAGAACGAGACUCCCAUGCUGGUACCCGACCUAAACAGAGGAACAACCGCUGGGAUGGACCGCGUGGACGUCAACACUCACCUGGACGUCACUGGGAAAAACCUUGGGACCAAUCCAGACCUCGUGAGACUCAAUGGGACAGAUCGUGGAAUCAGCCCAACUCAUUUGGAAACUCAAGAGGAAAAGGCUCAUGGGAAUCCAACGGAACCUCCAAGGGAAAACGACAGACACACCCUGGAGCACCCAGUCCAAGGAAUCAACGAAGAAACUCGCAAAGAUUCCAAGCUGACCAAGCUCAAACUGAAUCCACACCAGAACAAAACACAUCACCGUGUUUCGACUCACAAGAGCUAAUGAAAAUGAUGAUGAAAGAGUUCUUCCACCGAAAGGAGGAGGACCGGAAGUGGGAAAAGAAAGAGAAACCAGAGUCAGCCUGACUAGCAGUCGGAAGAGAAGGCAGCGACCAGCUGACCCAACCAGC